UUUUCGCCGUAUAUAUAAGCAACUACUUUCUCCUUUUGCUCUUUCUUUCUUCUCAGAUCCAUUUCAUUUCAUAGAUCUCCUUCACAGCUUCUGGCUUUCACCGACACACAUCUUGAGUAAAUUUUUGAGGCCUUUUGGUUUUCUCCUUUUCCUUUUUGAUCUUCGUGGUGGAUUUUGCCAGAGUAGAAGAUUUUUGAAGUGGGCUUUUGAUUUUGAUGGUCGAUGAGCAGAAGAAGAGUUUCAAGAAGAGAUUGAGGAGCAAAGUAGAUUUUGCUGCCUGUAAAUGCGGCUAAUUUUCUCUUAGAAGAAGGAAUCAAUUGUUCUUUUUCUUUUCUUUUUUUUUUUCUUUUUGAAUCAAGUGGACUCAAAACAAUAACGACAAAGUACCUUUCUGGUAUCUGUGAUCUUAGUGGUUUUGGAAAAUAUGCAGCGAGAUCACCCAAAGAAGGACUUAAAAGAUAUGGACUUUUUCACCGAGUAUGGAGAUGCAAACAGAUACAAAAUUUUGGAAGUUAUAGGAAAGGGAAGCUAUGGAGUUGUAUGUGCAGCAAUUGAUACUCACACUGGAGAAAAAGUGGCAAUAAAAAAGAUCCAUGAUGUUUUUGAGCACAUCUCUGAUGCUAUUCGGAUCUUGAGAGAAGUCAAGCUGCUUAGACUUUUACGUCAUCCUGAUAUCGUUGAAAUUAAGCGCAUCAUGUUGCCACCCUCAAAGAGGGAGUUCAAGGACAUAUUUGUUGUUUUUGAGCUCAUGGAGUCUGAUCUUCACCAAGUCAUCAAGGCUAAUGAUGACUUGACCCGUGAACACCAUCAAUUUUUUCUUUAUCAGAUGUUGCGAGCACUGAAAUACAUGCAUACAGCAAAUGUUUACCAUAGAGAUCUUAAACCCAAGAAUAUAUUGGCAAAUGCAAAUUGCAAGCUUAAAGUUUGUGAUUUUGGACUAGCUAGAGUAGCAUUUAGUGAUACACCAACCACGGUAUUUUGGACGGACUAUGUUGCAACAAGAUGGUAUAGGGCUCCAGAGUUGUGUGGAUCUUUUUUUUCAAAGUAUACUCCAGCAAUUGAUAUUUGGAGUAUUGGCUGCAUAUUUGCCGAGGUAUUGACAGGGAAGCCAUUGUUUCCGGGUAAAAGUGUUGUUCAUCAGUUAGAUUUGAUCACUGAUCUUCUUGGGACUCCUUCCCCUGAAACUAUAUCUGGAGUUCGAAAUGAUAAAGCAAGGAAAUACUUGACAGAAAUGAGGAGAAAACAGCCUGUAUCAUUUAUGCAGAAAUUUCCAAACGCAGACCCUUUAGCACUCCGGCUGUUGCAAAGACUAUUGGCAUUUGACCCAAAAGAUCGACCAACUGCUGAAGAGGCAUUGGCUGAUCCUUACUUUAAAGGUUUAUCCAAAAUUGAGAGAGAACCUGCUUGUCACCCAAUUUCAAAGUUGGAGUUUGAAUUUGAGAGGCGAAGGGUGACAAAGGAGGACAUCCGAGAAUUAUUGUACCGAGAAAUACUGGAGUAUCAUCCACAGUUGCUCAAAGACUAUAUGAAUGGAAAUGAAGGCACUAACUUUCUUUAUCCUAGUGCUAUUGGUCAAUUUAGAAAGCAGUUUGCAUAUCUGGAGGAAAAUGGUGGCAGGAGUGCACCAGUGAUUCCUCUAGAGAGGAAGCAUGUCUCUCUUCCCCGGUCUACUGUACACUCGAAUACAAUCCCUCCCAAUAUGCAGCAGCCAAAUUCAACUGUAUUUGGGAACCGGCAAGUCGCAGAAGAUGCUUCUAAAUCCUUUAGAGCUACAGAUACAAUACCUGGAAAUGCUUCAAGGGCUUCUCGGCCUCCACCUCGUGUACCAACAGGUAUAAGCAUUUUUGUUUUGCUUGCUGUUUGUUAAGUGGUAAUCCAUGUAUGGAAAACUAUUGAAAUUGAACCUAGAAAGCCUUGAUGAGUUAAGUCAUAUAUUUAUUGGUUCAGUCAAAAUAUUAAUGGGCUUGUUCAAGAGCUAUAGUUGCUUAUACAACUAUGAAAAUGCAUAUGAUCACCUGAAAUUUCUGAUAAUUGUUGGACAGCUGCCAAAUCA